AUGGCUUCCCCUUCUUCCCUCCCCCCUCAACAUUCCCUUUCAAGCCCCCUCGGCCGCCCUCUCCGUCCCGCCGCCCCCGUCUUUCCCCCUUCGCGCCCCAGUGCUCCCCCUCCGCCUCCAUGUGACACCGCCGCCGCCGCUGCCCCCCUCACCGUCCCCUCCCCUGCCACUCCCCCCGUCGUGUUUGUCUCGCUCGGCGGGCUAUUCUUCCUUGCCUUCUUGGCAGCAGCACUCUGCUGCUGCCUCAGAAAGAAGAAGAAGAAGGAGAAGAAGAAAGCGGUCGAAGAGGACAAGGUUGUGAGCUCCGAAGACCAUGUUCACGUCCACGAGACCGUCGUUCCGGGCCCCCACGGCGAGCAACUUGUAGCACUAUGUAUCGAUGAAGAUAUCAAACUACAAGAAGUGAAAAGGAAGCACGAAGCGAUCGCCGAAGCGUCACGCAAAGAGGUAGGAGGGGAGCGGCCGCCGCUGCGCUCGGCGGUUCCGGAUAAUGGCCAUCGUCUUCUUGAACGCAGGGUUUAGGAAGGACAUGGCUUUGUUUGGCUCCUAUGAAAAGUAGGGUUUGCAUGCAUGGAUGGGGAGAGUCGUUUGCGUACGCGUCUCCCAAUAAUAACAAUAAUAAUAAAAUAAAAUGAGUGUGGAUGGAAAAUGUGUAAAGUGAGUUCGCAUUUACUGCUUCCAUUUAUAUAUGGUUUACCACGAUGAAUAAAACAUGACUAUACAAUUGAGAUAA